AUGCUGUGCUGUUCGCUUGUAAGAAAUAUGCUACCGUAUAGCUGCCCAUCUGCUAAACAAAUCCCAGCAAUAUCCGGAAAUAAUAAUAAUGUGUAUUGCACUAAACCGGGCCAAAGUUAUGUUUGUCCAGCUGGUGCUAUAUGUAAAACAGCUGCUAAUUCAUUAAAUGUUUACAUAUGUUGCUAUGAGAAUCAGAAAAUUCCACAUUCAAUAAGUAUCAAACCGGAAUGCCAGAAUCGUGCAAUAGCACAAUCCGGAACAAGCAAUAGCUUUGUAUCAUGCAAGCAAGACGGCAAUAGAGCAGAUGAGUGUGCUGAAGGCUAUAGUUGUUCCCAAGCAACAAACGUUCGGGAUCAAUAUAUUUGCUGUUCUAUUAAAACUAAUCUGCCGGCAGUACAAUCAAUUUGUCCAGGACAAAAGAAACUUUUGAUGUAUGAUGAUAGUACGCCUUAUUAUUGUUCUCCAACUCAACCAGUACCAUGCCCGACAAAUUACAUUUGCAAUAAAGUUAUCGGCGAAUCUGAUACUUACGUAUGCUGCAGCGAAUUAUCACCUAUAACUGAUCAUUGCCCGUCUGAUUUUACGCCAAGUUUAAGUGAAAAUGGCGAAAAGAUUUAUUGUACACCAAAUGAUCCAUUAACAUGUCCUGUUACCGCUAUUUGCAUGGAAUCUGUAAGCAAUACUGAUAUAUACUUGUGCUGCUAUAGCUCAUUACCAAAUAGAAUAUGUCCAGAUGAUCAAAUUGCUUCUGGAUUUUCUAAAGGUCAAGUGGAAGUAUGUAAUGGAGCAGGUGCUUCAUGCAGUCAGAGUGGGUAUACGUGUCAAGUCUCACGUGUAUUAUCUACAUGGAUAUGUUGUGGACAUUCCAUUACAAUGGCUCUUUGUGCAGAUGGAAGAGAAACAUUCUAUCAAAUUGAAGGUCAAACUUAUGGAUGCAAUCCUACCUCUUAUCCUACUAAUUGUCCUGUAAAUUACGAAUGUGCACAAUCGAAUCAUCCAAAUAUAUCAGUAUGUUGUUUAAUAUCGACAACUACUAGUAAAACUACAAGCUUUACAAGUACCGUACCAGUCUUGGUAAAAAUGAUGAUUAAAACAGCAGCAAGAACACCAGCUACAACAAAAGAAGCGACAAUGUUAACAAUAACAACAACGGAAGCCCUAAAACCCGAAUGCCCAACUCUUUGGCAACCAUAUGUAGAUUAUCAAACAGGUGAUAAUCAAUUUUGCAAUGGUAUUGCUGAUAAGAGUUGCUCUUUUGGCUAUUCCUGUACACAUUCCACAUAUUACGGUAUCUAUAUGUGUUGUCGUUUUGGAAGUGGUCUUCAAUGUGCAAGUGGUACAAAUAUAUUAUUGAUAAAUAAUCAACCACGUUUAUGUAGUAUUACUAAUGCUCAUAUUUGUCCAUUGGGUUAUUCAUGUCAGAUUUCCACACUGACAAAUAUCCACAUUUGUUGUGGUAAUAUUCAUGCUGAAGAUGAGCGAACGAUUAUUCCAACAUCAUUUGGCAGUGAUAUCAGAUGUCAGCAUGAUUUAUCAAUUCCUGCUCAUAUCCAUUAUCAUUACAUUCGUUUCUGUCCAACGUUGGGAAGUUUUAACGGAUGUCCUCAAGGCUAUAUUUGUUCCAAGUCUAAUCGGCCAAAUUUGAACAUUUUUUGGUCACUAACAAUAAAAGUCAAGCCAGUGGAAGCAGUUUGUGGUAAAAAUGGAUUGGCAUAUCACCAGGAUGGAAAGCCAUUGGAGUGUUCAGAGGAUACAGAAAAUAUUUGUCCUGAGCAUUACGUCUGUCAACCAUCAUUAACGAAUACGAAAAUGUAUUGCUGUUUGACUGAAUUACAUUGCUUAUCCAGUGUAACAUCACCAAGUGUUAUCAAAUAUUGUGAACAGUUAGCUGAUUGUCAAUCAGACGAAGAAUGUAAAGAAGUCAUCAAUAUGAAUGGAAUACAUAUCUGUUGUCCGAAAUCCAUUCAAGAAAAAACACGUUGCUUAGGUCGGGAAACGUUCCUGACUGAUUCUAUUCCGGCUUUAUGUUCAUCAACAGCAAAUUGUCCGGAUGAUUAUGAAUGUUCCAAUCUUACCACAACAAAUGAAUAUACUUGUUGUAAGGAAACAAAAAAAUUGAUCCAAAUUUGUCCGGAUAAUCGAGAUCCGUUCCGCAAAUUUGCUGAUGAUACACUUUUCUAUUGUGAUAAUAAUGAUUUCUCAUGUCCAACAGGUUACUUAUGUAAGCAGUCAUUACUUAACAGAUUCAUUUGCUGCUCACCAAUAGGUUUCUGUCCAAUUGGAAAAAAAGCGCAACUGGAUGCUGCUACGAAUCAAGCCAAACGGUUAAGUUUUAACAGAAAUUAA